AUGCUACAUGAAACUGGUUACUUCACAGUUAUCCCCGAGAAAUGGCACUUGGCACUGAAGAGAGAGAUCGCACCCUGUUCUCGCGGGUUUAAGAAGAACUUCUCGUACCUUGCUGGAUGCGGGAAGGAUUUCAUCUACGAGCCCCAGCUGGAGUAUGCUGGAGAUGGCUCCUUCACUCUGAUGAGACUGUCUAAAUGGAAGUCUUCGCCGCGAUGGUCGACCGAAUUGACCAAAAAACCCAACGCGUUGUCGACCACCUGUAGGCAACUCGAGAACUAG